CUCAGCAGGACUCUCCUCCCAUUGGUCCAGCGGGUCGGAGUGCAGAGAACAACAAACAAGAUAGGGUGAAGACCGUCGGGAUGGAUGCAGCUACCUUGACAUACGACACACUUCGCUUUGGAGAGUUUGAAGAUUUUCCUGAGACCUCAGAGCCUGUGUGGAUCUUAGGGAAAGAAUACAAUGCACUCAAAGAGAAAGAUGAGAUUUUAUCAGAUGUCACUUCACGACUGUGGUUCACAUACAGAAAAAAUUUCCCACCAAUUGGUGGGACAGGACCAACAUCAGAUACAGGAUGGGGAUGUAUGUUACGAUGCGGCCAGAUGAUCCUAGGCGAGGCCCUGGUGUGUAGACAUUUAGGCAGAGACUGGAGAUGGGCCAGAGGCGAGAGACAAAGAGAAGAGUACAUCAGUAUUCUCAACGCCUUCAUUGACAAAAAAGACAGCUAUUAUUCCAUCCAUCAAAUUGCCCAAAUGGGAGUUGGAGAGGGAAAGCCUAUAGGCCAGUGGUAUGGACCAAACACAGUUGCCCAGGUUUUAAAGAAGCUGGCAGUGUUUGAUACAUGGAGCAGAUUAGUUGUACACGUGGCGAUGGACAACACUGUGGUCAUCGAGGAGAUCAAGCGUCUCUGUAUGCCCUGGCUGGACAUUGCAGGAGCCUGUGGAGAAGCAGAGGGAGUGGGGGAACUCAAUGGCUGCCUCGAGGGCGCGUGUGCCCUGGCUGAGGAGACGGCUUUCUGGAAACCUCUGGUAUUGCUCAUCCCCCUCAGGCUGGGUCUGAGUGAUAUAAAUGAGGCCUACAUUGAAACCCUCAAGCAAUGCUUCAUGCUGCCUCAGUCCCUGGGUGUUAUUGGGGGAAAACCCAACAGUGCCCAUUACUUCAUUGGUUAUGUCGGAGAGGAACUGAUCUAUUUAGACCCACACACCACACAGCCUGCAGUAGAGCCGUGUGAGGACAGCCAGGUCCCCGAUGAGACUUACCAUUGUCAGCACCCACCCUGUCGUAUGCACAUCUGUGAACUGGACCCAUCCAUUGCAGCGGGUUUCUUCUGCAGAACAGAGGACGAGUUUGAUGACUGGUGUAUGCGCAUAAGAAGGCUGUCCUGCAAAAGAGGGGGCCUGCCCAUGUUUGAACUAGUAGACAGUCAGCCCUCUCACAUGGUCAGCGUGGAUGCCCUCAACCUUACUCCUGAUUUCUCCGACUCUGACCGGUUGGAGCGGUUCUUUGAUUCAGAGGACGAAGAGUUUGAGAUCCUUUCCCUGUGAGGAACAUAUGAACAAUGAUUUACUGUUCUCGACAGAAGGCGAGAGAUUCUCUGUCUCUUCUCUGUAUCGGAAGGGAAGCCUGAGAGGAUGAACAUUAUUUGGGGACCUCUUGAGCCAGUCCAGCUCCAAUGGUGUAGUCAGUGUGUGUGUGUCACACAGUGUUCUUCAACCUCCGAUUGCUCUCUGUAUCCAACAUUGAGACUGCCUGGUGGAAGCCGUAGCAGGAGCUCAGGAUAAAUUCUGUCUGCACAUCUUCACAUACAUGUGUUUCCAUUUGAGUCUUAACACUUUAAAUGUUUAUUCUGAAGUGAUAUGGUGCCUUUCCCUGACUCCAUAAGUAAAAUUGCCAUAAC